AUGGACAUCUUCAUGUUCAAUAUCGCGUGGGCUGCCACUGCAAUGGACAUCAAGAUCGAGUUUGCGAACAUACUCCACAAACAUCCAUACCCAACUACCCCGCGCUUGCACUUCCAUGUCGACUUAUGGACCGGAAACCGUCGCGGAAAAGGCAUAUUAACAAUCCCUUAUAAAGAAUAUGGACAGAAGUUCCUCGCAGCUUACGGAUUAUCGGGGAUCAUCUUGAAGGGACGCCCCAUCAGAUUCAGAGAAAGUAACAGGCCACUGAGCGAACCACGAGUGAACAUGUUACGAGACAACCCGUGGCAGGAUCCUCGCGAGCUGCAAAAGGAGAGAGAUAGAAUCGCGGUGGAUUCGUCAAGCAUUAACAUAAAGACAUUUUCUUUUGGACGAUUUUGUCGGGACGGUUCGUUUUCGGCGGAAGUCACAUUUGACGGUCGUGUGGACCUCGUGUGCGACUUUGCUCGCAAGGAGGUGCGCUUGACGAUCACUCCGGGCACUUCUCGUCAACAGGGUGAGGAAACGGAUGAUAUAUUCGGAAGAUCCAUACGGGACCUCGCCACUCAACUAUUCGGAAGUCAAACUUUCAUAGCAUCGUACAAGCCUUCAAACAUCGAAUCCCUCGUCACCGAGGAUACUAGCUCGUCCCGGAGGAUCUUUUUAAAAGCUCGAGCUUCUCCACUCUUCUACCUCCAGCAGGCGUCGGGAUCCCUCGCAGGCACCCAACAAGCGCAGCGUCUUUCAAGCCUUACUGGCAAUUCCGAUAUGCCACCUGGCUGUCAUAGUCUCUGUGUCGUUUUCGUCAAUGCUUCUGACGAGGAGGCGUUUCUGUUGCGUUGUCGACGCCUAGGUCUAGAAGAAGACCGUAGACAAACAACCAUUGACGUUCGCAACAAUCUUUGGUCGACGGAUGUCAUGGACGAAUUGGACCAGUUUCUUGCAGAACUCCGGUUUUCCGUUGCUUGGGAGGUGCAGAAGGCGGUUUCUACAUCCGUCCUCUCCCCACGCGAGGUUAUGUCUAUACGCAGGGACAUAACCUUGCUUGACAGAGAGGCUGGAGAGCACGCCCCCCGCAUCUUCCUCAGGUUUUCCGGGCUUAUAGAAGAGACUCAUUUGCAGGAGCUUCGCCGACCGCGACCUCGGCGCCGACGUCGCAAACAAAAACAGUCACCUCAUUUCUCCACGUCUGACCCAUCUUUCUUAUCCAAUGCCCUGAUAGAGGCCGUCAAAGCCGUCAAGGAAGAGCUGCUGGCGCCACGGGGCCUUUUAACCUCACCUCUGGCUCGGGAUGGAGCCUAUGAAGCCUACCAUCUGAUAUUCACUCCUUCGACCUAUAUUCUAGACGGUCCGUUACCAGACCAAUCUAACAGUGUCCUCCGGAGAUUCGGGAACCAUGAAUGUUUCCUCCGUGUUUCGUUCCAGGACGAGAACCGCGCGCCUCUUCGCCGCGACUUCGAGUACUCCAUUAGCGAGCUGAUGCAAAAACGCUUUCGACCCAUCUUCCUCGGGGGUCACAAAGUUGCGGGUCGACACUACGAAUUUCUGGGCUAUUCCAUGAGUGGGCUCAGGGAACACUCAGUUUGGUUCGUGACACCAUUCACCUCGGACAAGGGAAUAACGAUGGACGCCGAGACGAUUCGAGGCCAGUUGGGUGACUUCAGUGAACUACAGUACAAGCCCGCCCGUCUUGGAGCCAGGUGGUCUCAAGCCUUCUCCACCACUGAUCCAUCUGUUACUCUUGAACGCCGAGAAAUACAAUACGUCAACGAUAUUACGUCAGCCUCAGGGAACUGUAUGACGGAUGGCUGCAGUUCAAUUUCCAUUGAGCUUGCUCGCGAAAUAUGGACAUCUUUAAACAGGACACGAAGGCGAACUUUCCCUCUAAAGUUCCCUCCGUCCGCGUUCCAGUUUCGCUUGGGAGGGGCCAAAGGCGUCGUUGUUCAAAACCCUGAUCUGAAUGAUAGAGUAGUCUGCCUGCGAAAGUCCCAACGGAAGUUCGAGGCACCAAACGUAUUGACAUUCGACGUUCAGUCUCAUACAGCUCGCCCUCGGCCAAUGUUUCUCAACAGACCUCUGAUCGCCAUCCUCGAGCACUUGGGCGAACAGGACACGAUGGAUCGUAUCCUAGAGUUGCAGCAUGCAGAUAUCCAAGAGGCCCAAGGUGUCCGCUCGUCAUUCCGGGAUGCCGCAAAGAUGCUCCAAGUACACGGCCUCGGCGCAUCGUUCCAUCUGACAUCUCUUUUUGGGAACCUUGCCAAGGAGCUUAACAUGAGGGUAUGGACGCGAGAAUCUGACGACGGCUGGCAGAAUGAGGUCGUUAUCGAUGCCCUACGAUGCAUUUCUACGCAUGCGCUACGCGAGCUCAAAUAUCGCGCCCAUAUCCGUGUUCCAGGCUCGUACACUCUCAUGGGAGUCUCUGACGAGUGGAAUUGCCUAAGGCCUGGAGAGAUAUUUGCCACUGUCCGCGACAUCAGGAAUGGCUUGGACAAGCCUAUUGUGGGGCGAGUAGCUGUGACCCGUAGUCCUCAGAUCCAUCCUGGAGAUAUCCAAGUCGUCACAGCCGUUAGGCGACCGGAGCUAGAGCACUUGACUAACGUCGUUGUAUUCUCGACUCAAGGAGAUCGUGCACUACCUUCCUUCUUAGGCGGCGGUGAUCUUGAUGGCGACGACUUCAAUCUAAUUCUCGAUGAGGCUCUCUUCCCAACCGCUAACAGCGAACCGGGAUCCUAUGUCAGUUUACCAAUCAAGGAAACUACUCAUCCCUGCGGCAUCGAAGAUGUUGUGGACUUCGUUUUCAACUACUUUGAAACGGAUCUUGUUGGGCGGAUAGCCAUCAUGCACCUUCGGUUCGCCGACUUGGAAGACCCUGGUUGCGCUAGCUGCAUGACACUUGCUGAGCUUGCCGCCCAAGCUGUUGACUUCCCGAAGACAGGAACGCCUGUUGAUUUCAAACUUCUCCCCAGGCUACCGGACAAGGAGAUCAAACCCGAUUUCCUCGCCAGAGAAGGCGAAAACCCACAUAAGAAUGAACGUUUCUACGAGAGCCAGAAACUCCUUGGUGAACUCUUCCGCCGUGUACCUCUUCAGGAUUGGUCACCGGGGUUUUGGAAUAAAGAAGAAUCUCCCUUCGACGUAAACACUGUAUAUGCAGCAAUCCGACGAGCUCGACCGUGGACCCUGGGAUUACCCAUACUCGGAAAGCCUUCUCCAGUACUAUGGGAGGAGAUGAUGGGCCUCUGCGAGGCGUACUGCGAUCAACUAUAUGCCAUUGCGCAAACCCAUACUGUGUCGAGAGAUAAGGACGAUUACAUCUCAGAAGCGGAGCUCGUGAGCGGGACUAUUAUAGCCAACUGGUCGGACCAUCGCAAGCGUAGAGAGGCUGUCAACGCCAUGAACUUGCAGGUUCUAGUGCGCCAGGUCCGUCAAGAAUUGCGACCUCAGAGACACGAGCCUGAUGUCGAGGACUCGGAAUACGACACAUUCGAUUGGGAUGACGAAGAUGAAGAUGACGUCGCUGUUGCGGCGGAGACGUUUACUCGGGCAUGGGCUGCACUGCUCGUGGCUGCAUCUGUUCUGCGGGAUGACCCGACCACCUUUGGUCCACAAAGCUUCGGUUUGAUAGCGCUUGGCCGGAUGCUGGAGAUAAUGAAGAAUGCACAGCAGGACCUGUAA